AAUGUAUAUGGACAGCUAGUUAUUUCCGGGGGAAGUUGGUAUUUCAUUUGUGUAUAAAUAUAGUGCUGCUCUCGUCUUCUUCCUUCAACUUCAACCUUUAUCCCUUCUAUCUAGUGUUGCAGGAAAUUUAAAGGGAAAAAAAGCCAAUAUUAUUUUAUAGUGUAAAACACUACACACCAAAAUUUGAAGAAAACAAAAUGAGAUUCAAGGGAACACAUUUUCCAGGCUUGGCUUUCUUGAUUUUGGUAUGCUUAGGAUUUGACGCCGUUUAUUGCUACAAUCGACCACCGCCUCGUAAAACCAUUUUUGUUCCUCACGAUCAUGAUGACUCAUCGCCACAACAGGUACAUAUAUCUCAAGUGGGCCAAGACAAGAUGAGAAUAUCUUGGAUAACUGAAAGCCCAACUCCAGCAACAGUACAUUACGGCCCAUCUCCUUCAGCAAACGCACUUUCUGCUACUGGAAUCACCACUUCUUACCAUUAUGCUCUUUACGAGUCUGGUGAAAUUCACAAUGUCGUAAUUGGUCCCCUCAGACCUAAUACAGUCUACUACUACCGUUUGGGUGACUCAGAAAAAACAUACAAUUUUAAGACUGCACCAGCUCAUUUUCCAAUCAUGUUUGGAGUAGUUGGAGAUCUUGGACAAACAGAGUGGACAGUUUCAACAUUGAAGCAUUUAGGUGACUCAAAUUACGAUAUGUUAUUAUUACCAGGAGAUUUAUCCUACGCAGAUUUUUUACAAAAUCUAUGGGACUCUUUCGGUCGUUUGGUUGAACCAUUAGCAAGCCAACGUCCAUGGAUGGUCACUACAGGAAACCAUGAUGUUGAGAAGAUUCCAGUUGUCCACGAAGAGCCAUUCACAGCAUACAAUGCAAGGUGGCAAAUGCCAUUUGAAGAAAGUGGAUCAGAUUCUAACCUUUAUUAUUCUUUUGAUGUGUCUGGUGUUCAUGUUAUCAUGUUGGGUUCUUAUACCGAUUUUGCACCGGAUUCUUCACAAUACAAAUGGCUUCAAGGGGAUUUACAGAAGAUUAACAGGGGAAAAACUCCUUGGGUAGUGGUGUUGGUUCAUGCUCCUUGGUAUAAUUCUAAUCAAGCUCAUCAGGGUGAGGCUGAAUCUGUUGACAUGAAGACUGCAAUGGAAGGUUUGCUCUAUAAUGCACUUGUUGAUGUCGUUUUUACAGGGCAUGUUCAUGCAUACGAACGCUUUACACGGGUUUAUAAAGAUAAAGGUGACAAUUGUGGUCCAGUGCAUAUUACCAUUGGGGAUGGAGGCAAUCGUGAAGGCCUAGCCACAAGGUACCAAGAUCCUAAGCCGGAGAUAUCAAUAUUCAGGGAGGCUAGCUUUGGACAUGGAGUAUUAGAGGUGGUUAAUGCAUCACAUGCACUUUGGAGUUGGCAUAAAAAUGAUAAUGAGGAACCUGUUGUUAGUGACUCUGUUUGGCUAACAAGCCUUUCCUCUAACCCCGCUUGUAAAGCUUGAUAUACUACUACUUUGGAAGUUAAAUAAAUAAAUUGUCCUAGGAACAAUGAUAUCAACGGCAUGCCUGGGUUAAGGUGUUAUCUAAGUUAAUUAUUCUCAACAAAUAAUAUUAUAAAUAUCUUUCGGUGCAGUUACCAUAA